CAAUACUAUAUUGUUAGUAAACAAACUUAAGUUUAGUCAGCUAGUGUAAGGUUAGUUUCGGUUAUUUCAAUGUUUUUACAUUUACUAAAUUUUCGUGUUAAGCCUACGAAUCUUCGUGAUAUUGCUCUGAUUUUAAUCGUUUCACUGUCUUGGUGGAAUGCAAUUAGGAUUGGCAGGAGUUUAGGAAAAGAGGAAUCCUGCGAUAUUUAAAUAUGCCUUUUACACCAGAUACAAUAGCCGCUGAGCAGGUGCAGGAAAGGCUGAAGUGUCUUUUCGAUUUAGUCCAAGGGAUAGAAAAGAAAAGAAACCAAUGCGAGACCGGCAUUAAUUCUAUAUAUAAACAUCAGACAAGUUCCGAUGAAGAGAAAUCUUCACAAUACCAGACAAAAUUGAAAACGUUAUACAAAGCAGCCAUAAAUCAUGCAGAGCAACAAGAGGAAAUGUUGAGGGAAGCAUUGAACAAAAUCACGGAGAUAAGGAACAUAAAAAAUGAGCGUCGCAUUCAAGCGAGACAAACUGGAAAUAAGGAGAGCAUAAGGCCUGGGAUUUGGAUGAAAAUGCUGAAGAAUAACGCCCAGACGAUGCCCCUGUUUGUGGGUAAAAUUGGUGAAAAACCACCACCGUUAUGUGGUGCAACUCCAGCAGAAGCUGGAUACCAUGCGAAGGUUGGUGAUAUGGUUGCCAGUUGGGUGGAAGUUGCUGGGGAUGGCGUUAAUUUGAUACUGGCAGAAGUUGUCACUUUCAAUCCAAGCACCAACAAAUACGAAGUGGAUGAUAUCAUUGAAGAACGAAACCAGAUCAAGAGGCAUGUGGUAGCAAAGAAGUUUGUCAUCCCUUUACCGCUAAUGAGAGCAAAUCCGGAAACCGAUCAAGAAGCUCUAUUUCCACAAGGAACAAUAGUUAUGGCACUGUAUCCGCAAACGACUUGCUUUUAUAAAGCGAUAAUCAAUAAAUGCCCGGCGACGCAUGUGGAUGAAUACGAGGUUCUCUUCGAGGAUACGAAAUACGAGGAAGGAUACAGUCCUCCGUACUUAGUUGCCCAAAGAUACGUAAUUUCAGGACAAGUUAAACAGCAGCAAGCGGGCAUAUCAGAAACACACCGCAAUAGGAAAACCAUUUCAACAAUUCCUCACAACUGAAACAUAAUUAUAUAUUCUUGUACAACACCAAUAAUGCCUUAUAGAAAGAAAAAAAGCGAAUUUAUUUAUAUUUUCAGG